CGCGCAGUCAUGUCAGAGGCGCGAAAAAUGUCUUUAAAAAUCUAACUUCGUACAGCGCUUUUGAAGAGAUAUUUUCAACCCAUUUUAGGUCAUAUUCCACAUAAGCUAACCUAUUUAAGCCUUAGAAUAUCGCUAAUAUAUAAUAAACGAAUAACAUAUACGUUCAGGCAAAGUUUAAAGCGGCAAUAAGAAAUGUGGAGCACGAAAUAUCUGUCACCACAAACUGAAGAGGAUUCGGAACUAUUUCCGCCUUACCUAAAGCGAUCAAAGGAAGUGAAGCGUCACGUUGAGGAGACUGUGUUACCUGUGCCACCUCAAUAUGCCGAGACUUUCUGCAGGCCAGAUGUGCAACUGCCAUGUGAGGAGUCGUUCAGAUUUGAACCCUUUCUUGAUCCAGGCCUGCAUUCCACUUCACCUGCUGGGAUGGUGAGCAGACAUAACAGAGCAAGUGUAGGCCUGACUCAUAAGAAGCUGCCGCAUCCUUCACAACUGAUGGGUGGAAAGAAGAGACGUCAAGGACUGCAGAAAGUGGAUGCAAACGUUCUGAAACAUCUAGGAGAACUCAGGAUGAAACAGCGUCUUAUAAAUGCGUUGAAGGGGGACAAAUGGUUGGGUGUCACUGCUGUGUCCAGCCCAGAGGAGAGCAGAAGUCCAACUGAGGCCGGGAAUGAGGAGCUUCUUGGUCGUACAGAUGGUGAUAGCUUCAGUAAUUUAAUGGACAAUCCUGACAUGACCAGGACAAAGCCUCAUGAAGCUGCUUCCUCACUGACUCAUCAGCAGUUCCUAUUUAGAGGAAAUGAGCAGUUUCUUGACCUUGCUCCAGGAGGGAACCCCAUGAUGGCAUUUGUUGCAGGAACAGCCCAUAGAUCGCUUUUGAUGUUUGAUGAUGCUUGUGCCACAGUGAAUCCCGCGGGAUCUGAUGUGUUCCCCAGGAGCGUCGAAGAAGAGAUGUUACUUCUUCGGAACCUUAAGUUCUUUUAAAUAAGCUUUACAGUGUUUGAGUCAUUUAGGCCUAGUUCUAUAAUUAAUCCUUUUUUCUCUUAAUAUCUACUGUUAGUGUUUAUGCAUGCAAUAGUAAAUCCUUUUUAUGGUUGCAAAUGUUUUUUAGAGUAUUGUGUUUAUGAAGAGUUCAUAAUGCUCUGUCAGAAGAUUGGUAUAACAUUUUGAGUGUUUGAUGCAGUUGGCUUAUGAAAGAAUAGACUUGCACGUUGACUUUGCUCUCAGGGACAGACCAAAGUUCAGUUCUGAUUUGCAAUUUAAAUGUAUAUUAAUGGAGAUACAUGUUUACUGUAUUGCCAUUUGUGAUUGUCUGUAUUAUUUUUAAUGUGUCUGCUUAAUCCUACAGAUAAACAGUAAAUAAUCAAAUGAAAA